ACUGGUUCCCAUGGCAGCCGGAAAGCUCGGUCGUCUCCACGGAAACGGAAAGCGUCAACAGCCAGCGAGUCCACAGGUUUUCGACUCCAUUUGGCUUCAUAUUCAGGCUUAUUCUGGGUUUUAUUGGGUCGUUUUUUCCACAUUUGUAGGCUCCCUGUUCCGGGUUGGGGAGAGAAGUUUAUGUUGCUUUUAUUUGGUAUUUAAAAAAAACGUCGUAAGUUUGUGGCAUUCUGAAUGGAGAGUCUGGGAGUGUCAUCCCUCCAGAACCUGCAGGCUCUGUCUGCCCUGUUAUCAACUCAGCAGGAGGAUGGUGAUGAUGAUGAUGAUGAAGAGUGUAAAAAUGUGGCAGCUUGUGCACGACUGGAUCCUGGACACAUUGGCCCCCCACCCAGAAAAGAUAAAGAAGUGUCAACUGCCUAUGUGAAGAAGAACAACAAAGAUAUCUGGAGCGUGGAAGAGGUGGCGGAGGGUUCACAGUAUGAUGAUCUCGCUGACCUGCGGCCACAGCCUGAGUAUGAAAUAAUCCUGAAGCAGAGCGUGGGGACAGAGGAUCUGUUCUUGGGCUUGAACAGAAAGGACCCAUCCUCCAUGUGCUGUGAAGCCAUGCUGGUGAAAAUCAAACUACCGGACACUAAAGCAACAGAUGUGGUCCUGGAUGUAAAGGAAAAGUUCCUUGAUCUUCGUACGCCGAAAUAUAAACUGGGUCUUCAUCUACCGCAUCCCAUCCACAGCCACAAGGGAAAGGCUCAGUUCUUCAGUGAGAGGGAGGAACUGGAGGUGACUCUACUGAUGAAACGCCCCAUGGAUUUGAUCAAUAUGCAGUAAGAAAGAAUGACAACAGCCGACAAGUAUUCAGAAGACAAAGAGUAGAUCCGAAUCCAGUGUACAGAAGAGAUGACACUUUCUCUUUAAAGAAAUGGUAGAGAAGUAAUCAGCAUACCUUGUUCUUUUUCUGUCAUUUAUGUAAUGUGAAUGUAAAUGUAAUGCUAUUUUUAAAUCUGUCCCCAUUAAUUCUGUAUUAAAAUAUGACUUUCUAAUA